CUAAAAGGGCAAGUUUAUACAUAAAUUACAUGGUAAUGAAUUUGCAUGUAAUAAUUUUGUUGUAUUAAAACCCUAAAAAAAAUCUCUCCACUCAACUAAACGAAUCGUUUUGGGGAUCGGAACCAUCCUGCCAGCGUGACGUGACGGCUAUUUUCUGUUUGGGAUUGACUGCUACUGUUGUUAGAUACUUGGGAAAUUUUUGUGGGUUUUUAACUGUUUUUGGAUUUGACGAUUCUUGAAGCUUCGGCAAAUCUUGGAUGAUAAGUUUGGUUUGGUUGUGAGUGUUGUGAGGUGAAAAGGGUUUCUGUUCUGUUUAUUGUGGAGCUUGGAAUUCGGGUUUUUUCCAUUUGAAUUGUUCCUUGAUUUCGUUAGUAUCAUUUUAGCUGUAAAGAGCUCAAGGAAAAUUGUGCAAUUUGAUUGGGUAUUUGCUAAGAGUAAAGGGUUUUUCAUUUGGAGAUUUAAGAGUUGUAAAUGGUUUUAUAGGAAUUUAGUGUUUGUAAAUUCACCGGAUUCUAGCAACUUUAUGAGGUCCUUAAUGAUGUUUGAUCUCAAAUGAAACAAUGAUGGAAGGGUUUGCUUUUUGUUGAGAUUGAAACUUGGAGUGGAUAUUGAAGUUUUUUAAUAAAAGUAAUUUGAGCUUUGUCCUAAGGUGCUGAAAAUAUUCGAGCAAGUUGAGAGUUUGCAUCAGGUUUUGACUUUAGGAAAUUUGAUUAGAAUUUAAGAGGUUUGCAAUGGAUGACACACAAGGCAGUUCAAAUUCGCUUCCUCCUUUCCUUGCGAAAACAUAUGAUAUGGUAGACGAUCUUUCGACAAAUUCGAUUGUGUCCUGGAGUCCAUCUAACAGAAGCUUUGUUGUGUGGAAUCCGCCAGAAUUUGCAAGGGAUCUGCUACCAAGAUUCUUUAAGCAUAAUAACUUCUCAAGUUUUAUCAGACAGCUCAAUACAUAUGGUUUCAGAAAAGUUGAUCCUGAGCAAUGGGAAUUUGCAAAUGAGGAUUUUGUAAGGGGUCAACCACAUCUUAUGAAGAAUAUCCACAGACGAAAGCCAGUUCAUAGUCAUUCUCUUCAGAAUGUACAAAGCCAAGGAAAUCCAUUAACCGAACUAGAAAGGCAGAGCUUAAAGGAAGAGAUUGAAAGAUUAAAAAAUGAUAAAGAAUUACUCAUUUUGGAGCUACAGAGUCAUGAGCAGGAGUGGCAAGGGUUUGAAUUGCAAAUGCAGCUUUUGAAGGAGCGUUUUCAGCAUAUGGAACAGAGACAGAAGAGGAUGUUGUCUUCUGUGGCUCGAGCCUUGCAGAAACCAGCCAUUGCCUCAAAUCUUGUGUCACAAUUGGAAACUCAUGAUAGAAAGAGAAGACUUCCAAGAAUAGGUUACUUCUACAAUGAGGACAACAUUGGAGACAAUCCGCUGGGGACUUCCCAAACUGUAGCUAGAGAUAAUGGUGAGAGUGCUCAUGCUUUAUCAUCAAAUACAGAACAGUUUGAGCAUUUGGAAUCCUCCUUGACCUUUUGGGAGGAUAUUGUGCAUGAUUUUGAUGAAACUACCGUUCAACUUAAUUCAAGCCUAGACUUGGAUGAAUCUACAAGUUGUGCUGAUAGUCCAGCCAUAUUGAAUGCUGAUGUUAGGCCAAAAUCUCCGGGAAUUGACAUGAACUCUGAGCCUGUUGUGGCAGCUGCUUCUGAUCCUGGUAGGUCAAGGGAACCAGCUGCUGUGACCACUGCUCCUGUGGCAACUGGAGUCAAUGACGUAUUUUGGGAACAGUUUUUGACAGAGAAUCCUGGUUCUACUGAAACCCAGGAAGUUCAGUCAGAAAGAAGGGAUUCUGAGGGCAGAAAGAAUGAAAACAAACCUGUUGAUCCUGGCAGAUUUUGGUGGAAUGUGAGAAAUGUAAAUAGUCUUGCAGAACAGAUGGGGCAUCUAACACCUGCAGAGAGAACGUGAUAUUGUUUGAUUGUGUGUUUUUUUUUUUUUUUAAAUUUUCCAGCUUUUGAUGCCACGAUGUUCUAUGUUUGUAGUUCACUGUUAGUCAGAACAUCAUGAUUUAUUGUUGUGCCACAAAUUCCAUUAUGCUUUUUGGUUUUAA